UAUAUUAUAAUAUAUAUGAUGCAAUAAUUUUAAUUGAAGUGCCUUAAAGUAUUAUCAACAUGACAAAAUACAGUUCAAAUUCCAAUGCAGAUACUUCCUUAGCAGUGGCCACCAUAAAACAGGAGUACAAUUAUGCACAACAGCAAAACAAUAGCAUUUAUGCACAACUACAUCAGUCAGUAUUGACAACAACAACAGGCUCUUCGAGCCAACGUCAACAACACAUCCAACAGCAUCAACAAACCAUGACCCAGCAACAACAAAUUCAACAGCAUCUUCAUCAUCAACAACAACAACAACAGCAACAACAUUUGCAGAACUUUUUUGGUCGUUAUAGUAAUGCCGUCGGUGAUAAUCUGCAUGCCUGUCACUUCAAUAAUUCCAAUUCUACAUCGUCUUCAUCUACUAUUAAUUUUGAAAGUGAUAAAGUCAGCAUGACACCCUCACCCAUUUUCACAGAUUACGAUGAGAAUAGUUUAAGUUCAGAAGAACAUGUUUUAGCACCUUUGGUCUGCUCUUCGGCGCAAUCUUCGAGACCUUGUCUUACAUGGGCUUGUAAGGCAUGCAAAAAGAAAAGUGUUGCUGUAGAUCGACGAAAAGCUGCAACUAUGCGAGAGAGAAGGCGCUUAAGAAAAGUUAAUGAGGCUUUUGAAGUAUUAAAGAGACGUACGUCUUCAAAUCCCAAUCAACGUUUACCUAAAGUUGAGAUCUUGCGUAACGCCAUUGAGUACAUUGAAAGCUUAGAAGAUUUGUUGCAAGAGUCUUCACCUACACGCUCUAUUGACAAUAUUCCGGAUGGUAUUAGUGGGAAGUCAUGUCAGCAAGAAUAUUUGACUUCUUAUACAGGUGCGUAUUUUCGUCAGAAGUUAAAUUUUUACAACAAAGAUUCCAAUAGCUAUACUCCAAUUUCAGAUUUUGACUCUUCCCCGUCUACUAAUGGUUCGAGUUUGGAUUGUUUAAGUUUAAUUGUUCAAAGCAUAAAUAAAAAUACAAAUUUAAAUGUAAAAAAAGUUCCAGCGCAUCAGUUAGCUUGCAACACUAAUUCCAAUACUGUUACCUCCGCAUCAUCUGCUAAUAUUAAAACAGAAACAGCCUCAUCGCAACACUCACCGCAUUCAUUAAACUCAACAUUUAAACAAAAAUGUACAACAUGAAAAAUU